AUGGGAGGUCGCGCCCCGCCUCCCGCGGCGAAGGAAGGCGGCCGCGGCGGCGGCCGCGGCCGCGGAGGCCGCGGCGGAGGCCGCGGCGGCGGCCGCUGCAGGCGCGGCAGGGGCGACGACCAGCCGCACAACGCCGCGGCCGCCGCCGCGGCGAAGCUCGCCGCGGAGGCGGAGCGAGAGCGCGUCGCCGCCGAGGCCGAGGCGCGACGGCGGCGACUCGAGGAGGAAGCGCGCGCCGUCGCCGCCGCGGAGAAGGCGGCGAGGGACGAGGCGGACGCGAGACGCGCCGCGGAGGAGCUCGUCGCCCUGCGAGCGACGCGCGCGAGCCUCCGCGCGGCGAACCUCGACCCGCGGCGCCCGGACGCGUCCGCGCUCAAGACGCGCGACGCGUCCAUCAAGCGCAACACCGCGCUCACGAAGAAGCUCCUGAAGAUCUCCGAGGACGCGCGAGCGUCCAUCCUGGACGACCUGCGCAAGACCAACAUUUCCAAGUACGUCACCGACGCGGUCGCCGCGAUCGCGGAGGCGAAGAUCAGGGCGGGGGACGUGCACGCCGUCGUCGCCGUCGCGUCGGAGCUGCAUCAGACGUACGCGGACGUCUCCGCGGCGCUCGCGGAGGCGCUGCCGAGGUACGUGUGCCCGGGCGCGAAGGCGUUCGCGCCGAGCGCCGCCGCCGCGCUCGCCGCCGCGAAGGCUGCCGCGGCCAGAGGCGAGGACGACGGCGAGCGCGACGGGAAGGAAGCGCCGAGCCCGCUGCAGCGGCGGCUGAAGCUGCGGACGCUCGCGGAGCUCGUGCUCGUCGGCGUGGUGCCGUCGGCGGGACCGGCGUAUAAGUGCGUGCGAGAGCUGAGCAAGGAGAGGUGGGAGAAGGAUCCGGAGGGGUUCGCGCACGCGCUGAGCGCGUUCGGGAUGUUCGCGAAGGCGUUCGGGGAGGAGUUCUUGGGGAUCGCGCCCGAUCGCGGGAAGAAGAAGGCGUCGACGUCCGCGGAGGAUGAAAACGGAAACGGAAACGGAAACGGAAACGGAAACGGAAACGAAGCGGCCGCGUCGACGGAGGAAGACGCGCCGGACGUGGGUUGGUUCCGUCUGUCCGCGGAGCAGCAAAACGCGUUCGCGACCGUGUUCCGAACGUUCUACGUCUACGCCGGCGACGUCCUCGUCGAGCAGCACGUCGCGUUGGGCGCGCUCGAGCGAGAGAACGCCAGGGCGUUGGAGAGAACGGGCGAGAUCACCGAGGCUGCCACCGCGGCGUACGCGGAGCUGAAGAAGACGUACGAGACGCUCACGAAGGGCGUGAACGCGUUGUCCGAGGCGCUGCGGGUGCCGAUGCCGGCGCUGCCCGCGAUGGAGGCGAAGGAGAAGGAGUCGCAAGGGAAGGUGGCGCUUCAACGCGGCGUCGACGGCGCGGACGGGUCCGGGGGGGUGAACUGGGACGACGAGGAGUCGAAGCUGUUCUACGAGGAUCUCCCGGACUUGAGGGCGAUCGUUCCCGCGGCGCUGUUGCCGCGAGAGGUGGCGAGCGUCGACGGCGGCGGCGGCGGCGGCGAAGGGGACGCCGCCGCGAGCGCGAGCGGAGCCGCCGCCGCCGCCGCGGAUGGAUUCGUGAGCGAAAAACGUAAGGCGGACGACGCCGCGGAGGACGCCGCCGCGGGCGCGCAGCACGCCGCGAAAGUCGACGCCUUACUCCUUCGACUCCCGAAGUGCGUCCUGAAGGCUGAGGCGGACGCGUUCUCGCUGGAUUUCUGUUACGUCAACGCGACGCCGUCGGCGCGAAGACGGCUGGUGUACGAACUCGUGUCCGUGCCGCGGUCGGAGACGCAGCGGUUGCCGUUCUACGCGCGCAUCGCCGCGACGUUGUCUCAGGUGUUCACGAAAGACGUCGGCGCGCCGAUCGCGGCCGCGCUGGAGGAGGAGUUCGCGUACCUGAAGCAGAAGAGGGACCAAGGGAGCUGCGAGAACCGGUUAAAAAACGCGCGGUUCUUGGGCGAGUGCGUCAAGUUCAGGCUCGUGUCGUCGCAGGUGGCGUUCAAGUGCCUGAAGAGCCUUCUAGAGGACUUCUCGCACCACAACGUCGAGGUGACGUGCGCGCUGCUGGAGAGCUGCGGGCGGUAUUUAGUCAAGUCGCCGGACACGGCGCAGAGAGCGAGCGCGAUGCUGGACAUCUUCACGCGGUUAAAGUCGGCGAAGAAUUUAGACGCUCGGACGACGCGACUCGCCGAUAGCGCGUACAACGCGUGUCGUCCGCCGGAGGUGGUCGCGAAGCGCGGGAAAAUCCGCCCGCCCGUGCAUGAGUACGUCCGACACUUGGUGUUCAUCGUGCUGAAACCUGGGACGGAAACCGUCGUCGUCAGGCAGUUACGGAAGUUAAACUGGAGCGAGCACGAGAGCUACGUCCUCAAGUGUCUGCUGAAGACGCACCGAGGCCGGCACGCCAACGCGUCUCUCGUCGCGACGGUGAUCACGACGAUCGGGAAGACGCGCCAGGCGAGCUUAGUCAAGUUCGUCGACGCCGUGCUCGAAGACGUUCGAUUUGGCCUCGAGAUGAACAAGCCGUGGAUGCAUCAGAGGCGCGUCGCGACGAUUCGGUUGCUCGGCGAACUGUACAACCGCGGCGCGGUGACGUCGCCGAUUAUUUUCAACACGCAGUACCUGCUCGUCUCGUUCGGGCACGACGACGGUCCGUCGGGCUCGGGCGCUGGUGGCGGUUCGGGUUCGCGAGACGCGGGCGCGGGGGGAGGUGGCGACGGUUCGUAUCCCGAGUGCGACCUCCCGAACGACACGAUACGCGUCCGGCUCGCGUGCACGCUGCUCGAGACGUGCGGGCGCCACUUCGACCGGAACCCGCUGUCGAAAACCUUGGACCGAUUCUUGCCGUUUUUCCAACGGUACGUCCUCUCGAAAGAGCCCAACCUCGAGGUGUCGUACGACGUCGUGGACCUUCUCAAGACGCUCCGUCCGAGGUUAGUUCCGUGCGAGACGUACGAGGCCGCGGCCGCGGAGUGCGCGCGGGUGGAACACGAGGAAGCCGCGAAGGCGCGGGCGAAGGGAAAAUUCGCAGGCGGCGGAGGAGGGAAAGGCGGGAAAACUUUGCCGCCGGCUCCGAACGGCUUGGGCGAGAUCGCGGAGGAGGACGAGGAGGACGAGGACGACGACGACGACGAAGAAGGCGAAGGCGAAGGCGAAGAGGAAGAGGAGGAAGACUUCGACGACGCGGAGAGCAGCGACGGCGAGAGCGAGGAAGAGAACGUCGACGAAGAGACGCGAGGCGUCGACGGCGAGGACGAGGACGACUCCGACGGCGGGUCCGAGAGCGAGUCCGAGACGGACAGCGACAGCGACAGCGACGAGGAUAGCACGGACGCGGACACGGACGCGGACGCCGACGCGAACGCCGCGAAUUCCGCGCCGGUCGAGCUCGCGCCGGAGGAGCGCGUGAAGCGCGUCGUGCCCAAAGUCUCGAAAGAAGUCGAGGCUGACUUCGACAGAGAGAUGAGCAAAUUUCUCGGCCCCGGGAUCGUCGCCGCGAAGACGCCGGUCGUCGCUUCGUACGGGCAAACACCCUCGACCGUCGCGCGCGCGGCGCCGACGACGCGGGGACCGGGAAUGAAUGGACCAGGACCCACGGUCGCGUUUAAGAUGCUGGUGAAGAAGGACGGGAAGCCCGCGUCGCGGACGCUAGACGUUCCCGCGGAGGCGGAAUUCGUCGCGCGCGUCAAGGAGCAAGCCGAGGCGGAGCAACGCGAGCGCGCGGAGCUUAAGCGUUUAGUGCUCAUGUCCGCGGAGGCGGACGACGGCGGGGCGGCGCCGAUGAUACCGAAGAUCCAGAACGCGAGAGCGCCGGUGCUGCCCCCGGGGGGCGGACACGGCGGCGGCGGCGGCGGUGGACGCGGACGCGGCCCGCGUCGCCCCGACGCCGGCAGCGGUCUCUCCGCGGGGCUUCAUCAGCUCGGCCAGGGCGGCGGUCAGCGGUAGAUCGUCGUCGAGGACGACGCGAGGACGCGCGAGCGGCGCGGCUGCGGUGCUACGAUACAAUACGAUACAAUACAACG